AUGACUCGUUCCUCUCAUUCGGGAGAAUUACAAUAUAUCCCUGAGAUUGAGAAAGUCGCAAGGCAACUAAGGAAAGAAACAAAGCAAAGAAAUAGCUCAUCGAGUUCUGAAGAGGUAAAUUCAACCUGUGAUCCAGUAAACGAGGAGGUUGUAAGUAAAAUGGCUGAACCAAAUAAUAGAACACUUAGGGAGUUAGCUGCACCGAAUCUAAACCAACAACCUCUAUGCAUAACAAUACCAAAUCUUGAGGUUGAUUUUGCUUUAAAAUCUGGUUUGAUUCAUUUACUCCCUAUUUUUCGAGGUUUGGCUGGUGAAGACCCACAUAAACACUUGAAAGAGUUUCAAGUAGUUUGUGCAGGUAUGAAACCACGUGGGGUGACUGAUGAGCAUAUAAGCCUUAGAGCAUUUCCAUUUUCAUUAAAAGAUAAAGCAAAAGAUUGGCUCUAUAAUCUUCCCCCCGAUUCAGUUAACACGUGGAAUGAUGUGAAAAAACUAUUUCUAGAAAAAUUCUUCCCUGCAUCUAGGGCAACUAAUAUUAGGAAGGAAAUAUAUGGGAUAAGACAAUGGCUGUUACCUACAGAUAGAAGUAUGGUAGAUGCAGCUAGUGGUGGUUCUUUGGCUGACAAGACACACACGGAUGCUAGACAAUUAAUAUCAACCAUGGCAGAAAAUUCUCAACAAUAUGGGACACGUGCGGAUGGAUCUAUUCGUAGAGUUAACGAGGUAAGUACUUCUCAACUUAAAAAUAAAAUUUCAGAUUUGACUACUCUUGUGCGUCAAAUGGUUGUAGGACAAAUGCAAUCUACGGGAGCAUGUGGAAUAUGUUCAUUUGUCGGGCAUCCCACAGACAUGUGCCCAACAUUGCAAAAUUCAAAUCAAGAGUUGAAUGCAAUAGGGGGAUUUCCUGGUCAACCCAACCGAAAAUAUGAUCCCUUUUCAAACCAGUAUAAUCCCGGAUGGAGAGAUCAUCCAAAGUUGAGCUAUGGGAAUCAAGGAGCGCAACCAAGGUUUCAAAAUCAGAAUUUUAGACAAUUCCAAACACCUCAGCAAUCUCAACCUCAAGCUUCAAAUUCAGGUAUGUCUUUAGAUGAAAUUGUUAAAGCACUUGCUAAUAACACUCAACAGUUUCAACGAGAAACAAGAGCAAGUAUUCAACAAUUGGGCAAUCAAAUUUCUCAAUUAGCCACAUCUGUUAGCAAGUUGGAAGCCCAAGCUUCGGGGAAACUACCAUCACAAACGGAGGUAAACCCUAAAGAAAAUGUAAAUGCAAUCACAUUGAGGAGUGGUAAGCAACUUCAGCCCGAAUCUCCAUUAUCAGUGGAAGAGGAAAAAGAAGGAAAAUCAAAGGAGGAAAGUGAGUCUACGGCUAAUGAAAAAUCCAAGGUAAGUUCUGAAUCUUCUUUUGGUCAAUAUGAUUCAUCUCUACCCCCUUUUCUUUCAAGGUUAGCAAAAUCAAAAGAAGAAGAACAUGAAAAUCAGAUUUUGGAAACCUUUAGAAAGGUAGAAAUCAACAUCCCCUUACUAGAAGCCAUAAAGCAAAUUCCUAAGUAUGCAAAGUUUCUAAAGGAACUUUGUACCAAUAAGAGGAAGUUGAAGAGUAAGGAGACCAUCAUAUUGGGUAAAAAUGUUUCAGCCAUGAUAAGUAAUGAUCUACCUAAAAAGUGCAAGGAUCCAGGUAUGUUCACCCUACCCUGUAUAAUUGGUAAUAAAGAGAUUAAACGUGCCAUGUUAGAUUUAGGUGCAUCAAUAAAUGUCAUGCCAUUUUUCAUUUAUCAAGCUUUAAAUAUAAAUUCUUUGCAAGGAACUAGAAUAGUUGUUCAAUUAGCCGAUCGUUCUUGUGUGCAUCCAGUUGGAGUCGUAGAAGAUGUUUUAGUGCAAGUUAAUGGACUGGUUUUUCCUGUUGAUUUUUAUGUUUUGAAAAUGAAUGAUGAUGCAAUAGAUCAAUCAACUCCAAUUCUGUUAGGUAGACCAUUUAUGAAAACCGCUAAAACAAAGGUAGAUGUUGAUAAGGGUAUUCUUUCUGUUGAGUUUAAUGGAGAAAUUGCUAAAUUUAAUAUUUCUGAUGCAAUGAAGUAUCCUGAUGAUUAUCAUUCUCUUUAUAAUGUGGAUGUAAUUGAUUCAAUAGUGCAAGAUGUUUUUGAAGAUAGUUUUGCUGAAAAUUUGUUUGAUUUAGAAGCUGAAUUUGAUUUAGAUGAGUUUGUUGAUUCUUCUUGUGAAGUUUUAUCAGCUGUAAUAUCUGGUUUAAAUUCUGCAAAUGCUGAUUUUUCUUUAACUCAUGAAAAAAUAUUGCCAUCUGUGUUGCGGGCUCCAACUUUAGAGUUGAAAACUCUGCCUGAUCACCUCAAGUAUGUAUACUUAGGUGAGGGAGAGAAAUUACCCAUCAUUAUCUCAAAUAAGUUGUUACAGGAACAAGAAGAUAAGUUGGUUUCACUGUUGAAAGAACACAAAACUGCAAUGGGUUGGACUUUAGCUGAUAUAAAAGAUAUAAGUCCAGUUGUUUGUAUGCAUAGAAUCCAUUUAGAAGAAGAUGCCAGACCAGUAAGGGAGCCACAGAGAAUACUCAACCCAACAUUGAAGGAUGUGGUAUUUAAAGAAAUUCUUAAACUUUUGGAUGCAGGUUACUAUCAGAUAGCCAUUGCUCAAGAAGACCAAGAAAAAACUACUUUUACUUGCCCAUUUGGAACAUUUGCGUUCAGGAGGAUGCCGUUUGGCUUAUGUAAUGCCCCAGGAACAUUCCAAAGAUGCAUGAUGAGUAUUUUUUCUGAAUUUAUUGAGAGUUGCAUAGAAGUGUUUAUGGAUGACUUUACUGUUUAUGGGCAUGUAAUUUCAGCUAAGGGGAUAGAAGUUGAUAAAGCUAAAGUGGAUUUGAUUGUGAACUUACCUUACCCUACAAAUGUUAGGGAAGUUCGUUCUUUUCUUGGACAUACAGGAUUUUAUCGCAAGUUUAUUAAGGAUUUCUCAAGGAUUGCUGUCCCAUUGUCUAAACUAUUGCAGAAGGAGGUUACUUUUGAGUUCGGAAAGGAAUGUCAAGAAGCUUUUGACAAGCUUAAGGCACUACUAACAAGUGCUCCUGUUAUUCAACCUCUAAACUGGGAACUCCCCUUUGAGAUUAUGUGCGAUGCCAGCAACUAUGCAGUUGGAGCUGUUUUGGGCCAAAGAGUUGGGAAGCAAAGUCAUGUCAUAUACUAUGCUUCAAGAACAUUGAAUGCUGCACAAUGCAGUUACUCCACAACUGAAAAAGAACUUUUAGCUGUUAUUUUUGCUUUAGAUAAAUUUAGAUCUUAUUUGCUUGGUUCUAAAGUCAUAGUUUUUUCUGACCAUACGGCAUUGAAGUAUCUUUUGGGAAGAAAAGAAUCUAAGCCCAGGCUGAUAAGAUGGAUUCUAUUACUUCAGGAGUUUGAUUUGACAAUUAAGGAUCGAAAGGGAGCUGAGAAUCCAGUAGCGGAUCAUCUAAGUAGAUUGGUAAGAGAUGAGGAUAUACUUCCUAUUUCUGAAAAUUUUUCUGAUGAGCAAUUGUUCCAGUUUUCAGGUAUGGUUCCUUGGUAUGCUGAUCUUGUUAAUUACUUAGUGACGGGAGUUUUACCUGGUUACAUUAGUAAUUCUAGGAAAGAAAAAAUAAGAAGUGAAGCUAAAUAUUAUGUUUGGGAUGAACCAUAUCUGUGGAAGUUUUGUGCUGACCAAGUAAUAAGACGAUGUGUGCCUGAAAAUGAACAGCAGUCAGUUUUAGCUUUUUGUCAUAAUUAUGCAUGUGGUGGUCAUUUUAGUCCUAAACGAAUUGCGAGAAAAGUGUUGGAUAGUGAUUUGUAUUGGGAAAAUUUGUUUAAAGAUGCAUACUUGUGCUGUAAAACUUGUGAAAAAUGUCAGAAAACUGGUUCAUUAUCUCGUAGGAAUGAAAUGCCUCAAAUUCCUAUUUUGAUUGUGGAGAUAUUUGAUGUGUGGGGCAUUGAUUUCAUGGGACCUUUUCCAUCAUCUUGUGGCUUUCAAUAUAUUCUGUUAGCGGUUGAUUAUGUGUCAAAAUGGGUGGAAGCAAAAGCCACCAAAACUGAUGAUUCUUCCGUAGUUGUAGGUUUUAUGAAAUCUAACAUCUUUAACAGAUUUGGAGUUCCACGUGCUGUUAUAAGUGAUCAAGGGAGUCAUUUUUGCAAUAAAGUAAUUGAAGCAUUGUUCAAGAAGUAUGGAGUGCAUCACAGAACAGCUACAACGUACCAUCCCCAAACCAAUGGGCAAGCUGAAGUGUCCAAUAGAGAGGUAAAAUCCAUUUUGGAAAAGACUGUGAACACAGGUAGAAAAGAUUGGAGCUUACGCUUAGAUGAUGCGCUAUGGGCUUAUCGGACAACUUACAAAACUCCGAUUGGGAUGUCCCCUUAUCGGUUAGUUUUUGGAAAAGCUUGUCAUUUGCCCGUAGAGAUUACACAUAAAGCCUAUUGGGCCGUACAACGUUGUAAUAUGAAAAUGAAGAAGGCUGGUGAAGAAAGAAAAUUGCAGUUACAGGAGUUGGAAGAGUUGAGGUUAGAUGCUUACGAAAAUUCUAGAAUAUACAAGGAGAAAACCAAGAUGUUCCAUGACAACAUGAUUUUGAGAAAGAAUUUUGAGGUAGGCCAAAAGGUUUUGUUAUAUAAUUCUCGUUUGAAGCUUAUGCCUGGUAAGUUACGUACUCGUUGGAUUGGACCUUUCGUUGUUUCUAACAUUUUUCCUUAUGGUGCAGUAGAGAUUAAAAGCAUUGGUACGGGAAAACUUUUUAAGUUAAUGGUCACAGGUUGA